AGGAAGGAGUUAGUGUGUGAAUGUGGUAGCGAACUCUUUAAAACGACACCCGGUGUUUUGCGGCACGUCAGCUGAUGACAUUUAAAACCGCUGCUCGGUUUACGGCAAAGAGAAACAGACUCCAUUACAGAGAAUCAGUCCUGUCCUGGUGGUGACUCCGGAAGCGAAACCAAAAGCUUUGGUCAGAACUUGUUUUUGUCUCUAUACACUUUUCUGUGCAUGAAGAUGGCGCCAGGACAGUGUGAAGAGAAACCACAGCCAGGUGACUUGAUAGAAAUCUACCGUGGUAACUACCAGCACUGGGGCAUUUAUGUUGGUGAUGGAUACAUCAUUCACCUGGCACCACCAUCUGAACACGCCCAUGCUGGUGCCAGCAGCAUGAUGUCUGUGCUGUAUGACAAGGCGUUGGUAAAGAAGGAGGAGCUCUGGUAUGUGGUCGGCGAUGAUGAGUACAAAGUUAACAAUCUACUGGAUGAUAAAUAUGAGCCACGUCCUGUCCGUGCCAUCAUCCGUGAAGCACACAGCCUUUUGGGGCGGGAGCUGCCCUAUUGUGUGUUCAGAAGCAAUUGUGAGCAUUUUGCAACUGAACUGAGAUAUGGCAAGGCAGAAUCUCGGCAGGUGCGUAAAGCUGUGGAAGUGGGAGCAGGUGUGGGUAUUGCUACAGUCGUUGGUCUCGGAGUGGUUGCUCUUGCAGCAGCCUUUUUUGGUUCAGGAAAUAAGGAGAAGAAGAAUACUCAGUGAAACCUCAGAUGGGGAGAAGCUGUAAAGAAAAACACCAGCAAGCCUUCUGACUAGAAGUAUGCCUUUUAUGCAAUAAUCAGCCAACCACUAAAGAGAUCUAAUUCUGCGAUACAACUGGAGUUUAAUUAAG